AUGAAUAUCUUUCUCCAUGAUCUUGAUCAAGCUUACAAAACAGGUCAGCUAACGAUUGAUAAUGAUACUACUCUACGUUAUAUCGAUUAUGCUGUUAUUGAACAACAAAUGUCAAUGACUGGCGCAACUAUGUUUUGGCUUGAUGCCCUUCAUGAUUGUAAACUCGAUCAAACUUUAUCAUUACCAUAUGAUCGAUAUCGUCUCUCAAAUGAACAUCGAUAUAAUCGAGCAACAUCUAUCUCAUUUGAUUUUGGUCAAGAUCUUUCCCAUGAUUUUCUUAUGUAUGCAAAAUCAAACAAUAUCAAACAUGAACAUCUUGCACUUGCUACUUACUUUAUCUUCUUAUUUAAAUUAACGAAUGGUGAAAAAGGUUUAUGUAUUGCAAUGAAUAUCGACAAUCGUUAUAGAGAUGAACUAAAAUCUAUCAUUGGACUGUUUGAGAAUAUCAUUCCAUUACGAUAUCAACUAGAUCCUCAUUGGUCUUUCCACCAACUACUUGAGCACGUAGAAGAGACAACAACAAAGAGUUUAAAUUAUUCUUACUUUCCUCUUCAACGUAUUCUCAGUCAACAUCCAAAUGUUUCAAAACCAGCAUUUCUUGAUAUAUCAUUUGAGUUUAUAUCAUCAAUGACAAAAGAUGAGAAGAAUAAAAUAAUGAUUGGUGAUAGUCAACUUUCUUCCAUACCUUCCACAAUUAACAUUAAUGAUAAUGAGAUUACAAAUAAGUAUAAUUUCUCACUUCUAAUCGAGCAUGAUCUUAAUAUCAAUCAACUCUCAUGUACAAUCAAUGCAUCACUUGAUUUAUUCAAUGUAGAAACAAUUGAUAAGAUAUCUCAACGAUUUCAAUCAACUUUGAAACAAUUAUUUAUAUCUAUUGAUAAUCAAAUGAAUAAAUCAAUCUAUGAAAUAUCAUUAACAUUACCAAAUGAAAGAUUAUUGAUGCAAUCAAUGAAUAAUACACAAGUAUCGUUUCCAUCUCCUCUCACAAGUAUUCAUCAUGAAUUUGUAUAUCAAGUAAUGAAACAUCCACAAAAACUAGCUGUUGAAUUAGAUGAACAAUCAUUGACAUAUAUUGAACUUCUACAUUAUGUCCAAGUCUUAUCUUUCAUUCUUCUUAAUAAAUAUGAUGUUGUUCCAGGUGAAAUCAUUUGUCAAUGUGUCGAAAGGAGUAUGUCGAUGGUUAUUGGCAUGAUGGCGAUUGAAAUGGCAGGUGGUGUAUAUUGUCCAUUAUCACCUCGAGAUCCAAAACAUCGAUUACAUGCUCUCAUACAACAAACUCAAAGUCGUCUUGUUCUUGUUCACUGGCCGACAACGAGUAUGUUCAAUGAUGGUAUUGUUUCAUUUGAUAUUGGUUCAAUAUUGACAUACAAUGAUGUCACAAGUGAUAUUGAUGUUGAUCGACUAUCAAGUAUUACAGUCACACCAAGUGAUAUUGCUUAUAUCAUUUUCACAAGUGGUUCAACAGGAGUACCAAAAGCGGUUCAAGUACGACACAUAAAUUUUGCUGGAUGUAUAUACUCUUUGGUUGACAGCAAUACACUAAAUAAACAUGAUACUGUUGUUCAAAUGGCGCAAUGCUCGUUUGACCUUCAGCUUCAAGAAAUACUUGGUAGUUUGAUGAUUGGAGUUACAGUGGUUCUGCUUCAUCCAAAAGGAACAGUUGAUUUUGAUUAUCUUUCUCACAUCUUAUACACUAAAGAAGUUACAUACAUGCAAAGUGUUCCAAGUUUACUUCAGAGCUUUUUUAUUUUUCUCGAACAGUGCGAUAAGACAAACACUAUUAAACAUCUCCGAUCAAUUUGCUGUGCUGGUGAACCAUUUUCUGUUAAAUUUAGGACUUUAAUCGCAAAGAUUGGUAUACCACACUGUACUGUAUGGAAUCUUUAUGGUUCUACUGAAACAACACUCGUCUCUACAUAUCAUCUUGUUGAUAUUAAAUCCAGCAAUGCAAGCAUUUCAGUCGGUAGAUCACUACCAAACUAUCAAUCAUUGCUCUUAAAUAAAUUCUUGCAAAGUACAUCUAUUAGGCAAAAAGGAGAAUUAUUUACUGGAGGUGUUGGUGUCUUUGUUGGAUAUCUUGGACAUGACAAUUUAACCUCUAAAGUACUCAUUGAAAUUGAUGGCGAAUUAUUCUAUCGUGUGGGUGAUCUUGUUCACAUGGAUGACAAUGGUCUUCUUCAUUAUCGAGGAAGAAAAGAUCAUCAAAUCAAACUACAUGGACAACGAAUCGAACUUGGUGAAAUCGAAAGAUGCUUACUUAACAUUACAUCCAUCUCUGCUUGUGUUGUCAUGAAAUGGAAUGAUGAUUACUUAGUUGCUUAUAUUCAAUCAUCUCAUAUUAAUGAAGAACAAUUACGGCAGCACUGUCAGGCUCAUCUUCCACCACAUAUGAUUCCAUCUCUUUUUAUUAUACUUGAUAAAUUACCAUUGAAUCCAAAUGGAAAAGUAGAUCGAAAACAACUUCCUUCUCCCGACUUUUCAUUAUCGACUUUGUUAUCGUCUGAUGAAUCUGAUACUCCUCUUAAUCAAUUCGAAGAACGUAUACAUACUAUUUGGUGUCAAGUUCUUCAUUGUAAUAAAAAUCACAUCUCUAGAAAUACCAGUUUUUUUAGUGUUGGUGGUCAUUCACUUCGCUUCAUAGAACUCUAUUAUCGUUACCAGUCAUUAUUCAAUUUCGAUGCUCAUUCACUCUCGAUUGGUCUCUUUCUUCAGCAACCAACUAUUCGACAACAUGCACAACUACUUCAAACACUUCCCUCCAAUGAUACACAGACAACACGAUGGCAAUCACUACAUAUCAAUCAAGGCAUUACGUCUUCUCCUCAGAAGAGCAUCUUUCUCGAUGAACAAGUCCAAAUUUCACAUGAAAUUGCUACUCAUUCGAAUUUUUUCGACCACCCGUUUGUUGUAAUCAAUGAAAAUUGCGAUAAUAUUUUGUUCAUUUUGCCGCCUGGUAAUGGUGGUGCCGAAAGCUACUUCAACAACAUUGUGCCUCAUUUAUCGCAAUAUAAACUGUUAGUUUUAAUUUUUAUUGAAAAUCUAAUAAAUAUCAAUAUUACCACUCGUGAAACAUCAUAA